UUUUAAAAGCUUAAGCUACGCUAUGCUGUACGCGGGGGCGGCGGAGAUUGAAAAAUAUGAAGAGAGAAUUACUCCGUCGGCGGCUGGAAAGCUACGGCAACCACCGUUCCUCAACGCUGGAUGAAACCGUCGACCACCUCCGUGCAACCUACCGCGACUACAACCGUAUCAAGAGACAACCCUUCACAACCUUCGUUCGCAAAACCCUACAAUCCCUCCCUCCACAAAACAACAACACCACCACCACCACCAAAAAGAAGAAAAAGCGAAAGAGACUUCUCGAAACGACGUCGUCUGACUCGAACUCCUCGAGUAGUAGUUCCGAUGAAGAAGAAGAAGAAGACGACGGCGCGGUGGUCUCCACAUCGGAAGACCCUCCGCCGAAAUUCGACGUCAUGAAAUCGAACCUAUUAGCGUCGUAUAUGGAGCUGAGCGAGGCCAAAAAGGUUGAUAGCAAUAAAGAAGUCGAGGAAUACAGGGUUGAGGAGGUGAAGAUGGUGGUGAAGAAAGGAGGAGACGGAGACGGAAACGAUGGCCCUAGGUUUAGGGAUUUGGGAGGAAUGGAUAGCGUGAUUGAGGAGCUGAAGAUGGAGGUGAUUGUGCCGUUGUACCAUCCGCAGUUGCCGCAGUGGUUAGGGGUUAAGCCCAUGGGUGGGAUUUUGCUGCGCGGGCCACCCGGGUGUGGGAAGACCAAACUGGCUCACGCCAUUGCCAAUGAGACCGGUGUUCCCUUCUAUAAGAUUUCCGCUACCGAGAUUGUCACUGGUGUGUCCGGUGCAUCGGAGGAAAAUAUUCGAGAUCUUUUUUCUAAAGCAUACAGGACUGCUCCAUCAAUUGUAUUUAUUGACGAAAUUGAUGCAAUUGCUUCUAAAAGAGAAAAUCUACAACGAGAGAUGGAGCGACGAAUUGUGACACAGUUGAUGACUUGCAUGGAUGAAUCUCACAGACUUGUACAACCAGCAGAUGCUAUUUCAAACUCAGAAAGUUCUGAUCAGAGACCUGGCCAUGUGCUUGUCAUUGGAGCGACCAAUAGGCCUGAUGCUGUUGACCCUGCACUAAGGAGACCUGGGCGAUUUGACCGCGAGAUUGUCCUAGGUGUUCCUGAUGAAAGUGCAAGGGUUAAGAUUCUUUCUGUAAUUACACGCAAUCUUAGACUGGAAGGUUCUUUCAACCUUCUGAAAAUAGCUAGGUCUACACCGGGUUUUGUUGGGGCUGAUUUGACUGCCCUGGCUAACAAGGCUGGCAACCUAGCCAUGAAGAGAAUUAUUGAUGAAAGAAAGUCUGAGCUAUCAAAAGACUCUAUAAAUGAAGAACAUACUGAAGAGUGGUGGAGGCAACCAUGGUCACCUGAGGAGAUGGAAAAGCUUACCAUCACAAUGGCUGAUUUUGAGGAAGCAGUUAAAAUGGUUCAGCCCUCAUCAAAAAGGGAAGGAUUCUCUAUCAUUCCUAAUGUAAAGUGGGAAGAUGUUGGUGGGCUUGACUAUUUAAGAAAGGAGUUUGACCGUUAUAUAGUUAGACGUAUAAAAUAUCCAGAGGACUAUGAGGGAUUUGGAGUAGACUUAGAGACAGGAUUUUUGCUCUAUGGGCCUCCAGGUUGUGGUAAAACACUGAUUGCAAAGGCUGUGGCUAAUGAGGCGGGGGCCAAUUUCAUUCACAUCAAGGGUCCUGAACUUUUGAAUAAAUAUGUUGGAGAAAGUGAGCUGGCAGUUCGGACAUUAUUCAGUCGUGCAAGGACAUGUUCACCAUGCAUACUUUUCUUUGAUGAGGUGGAUGCUUUGGCAACAAAGCGUGGUAAAGAAGGCGGAUGGGUUGUUGAGCGGCUACUGAACCAGUUACUUAUAGAACUAGAUGGAGCAGAGCAGCGGCAGGGUGUUUUUGUUAUUGGCGCGACAAAUAGACCUGGGGUGAUGGACAGAGCCAUCUUACGGCCUGGUAGAUUUGGUAAACUUCUUUAUGUUCCGUUGCCCAGUCCGGAUGAGCGUGGGUUGAUCUUAAAAGCUCUUGGGAGAAAGAAGCCUAUAGAUGCCAGUGUGGAUUUGAGUGCUCUUGGUCGAAUGGAAGCUUGUGAAAAUUUUAGUGGGGCUGAUCUUGCUGCACUGAUGAAUGAAGCUGCAAUGGUUGCUCUUGAAGACAAACUGACGUCAACUAAGAGCACCUCAGAUGCAGCUCCUUGUACCAUAAAAUCAACACAUUUUGAGCGAGCACUGGGUAAAAUCUCACCUUCUGUCUCAGACAAGCAAAAACGAGAUUACCAGACUUGGUCACAGAGUUUUAAGGCAGCAUGAGAAGAAUCAUUAAUCGACUAUCUACAUGCCAUGGCUGAGGAUGCGAUAGUGACUACCAUAGUAAAAAUUGAAUGUAAAAUGAAGCCAGUUUUGAUGUCAAAAGUGAAUAAACAAUUCCUUUCCCAUUGUCUUUUUCUCAUGUUUUAUAAGUGUAUCAAUGUAAGUUAACCUGCUUUCCCCACGAUGGGAAUGAAUUUUUGUGCUGAAUGAGGCUCGAGAAAUUUGUUGAGUUAGUAAUUUCGAGUCUUAGUUGAGAAACUCGUUGAGCCUUUUAAUAGUUAGAAUUUAUGUUUAGUCUUA